UGCGCUUGAUAAUUAUUCACACGCAGACGGACGCUACCUCGGCAAUGGAGUAGCCCCGCCCCGGCAAUCUGCAUCCGAAAGCGGGAAACGCAACGCAAGAGAGACAAGGCGAGCGCACCACCUCGGCAUCCCCAUAAAAUACGCCCCCCGUCACCUUUGACCCCUCCACCUUUCGCCACCACUCCUCCUUCCUUUCAUAAAACAAAAGAUCACGACGCACAGGCCGCGCCUCCCGAGAGAGCCGAGCAGAGACAAGAACCAAGACCAAAAACACGCCGGCAGCGACGCCGUCCGCCCGCGCGCACCGGCGGCAAGGAGAGGGAGGGGCGAUGGGGAACAGCAUUGGGGCGAAGCGCAAGGGGGCCAAGGUGAUGCAGCUGGACGGCACGUCCUUCCGGGUGAAGCCGCCGGCGGCGGCGGCCGACGUGCUGCGCGACCACCCGGGCUUCCAGCUGCUGGAGGCGGAGGAGGUCAAGCUGCUGGGCGCGCGGGCGCGCCCCCUCGCGCCCGACGCGCCGCUGCGCCGGGGCCGGCUCUACUUCCUCGUCGCGCUCCCGCGCCGCCCCGCCGCGGGGCCGCCCAGGCGGGCCUGGUCGGGCAACCUCCGCGUCGGCGCGCGCGAGCGGCUCGAGUCGCUCAUGCUCGCCCGACGCUCCACCUCCGACCUCUCCUCCUUCCAGGGCGUCGCCUCCGCGUCCGCCCCCGCCUCCCCGCUCUUCGCGGGAGCGGGCGGCGGCGGCGGCGCAGGCACCCCCGUGCGGCUCAGGAUGCGGCUCCCCAAGGCGCAGGUGGAGAAGCUGAUGGGCGAGAGCCGGGACGCGGCCGAGGCGGCGGCCAAGAUCAUGGAGCUGUGCGCCGCGGUGGGCGACGGCGGCGGCUGCAGCGCCAAGGUGACGCCCGAGCGGCCGCCCGGGAUCCUGCGCAGCCCGCGGUUCGCGGCCACGCCCGAGUGGGGCUCCGGCUUCAUGGUACCCAAGCCGGCGACCGGCGCGCCACCCAAGACGCCGCAGAGGUGGCCCACCCUGCCCGGCACCAAGGAGGAGAAGCGAGCGAGGUUCGUGGCGUUGCCGGACGAGCUGAUAGCAUGACCGAUAUUUCCCUCGACGGAGACGAGUUAACACAUCCAUCCCAUUGUCCCAGCCAUGCUUGCUGAUUGUCAGGCCAGGAGAUAGGGAGUUAUAAACCUAUCUUGAGGCCGUUAGAGAUACCGGUCCGGAAAAAAAAGGCUGUUAGAGAUACAUACAUGCUUGGAUCAUCAUUCUCUUGCCAACAAAAAACUAUGGUUGAGAAGCCGCCGAAUGGCUUCCAAUUCACCUUGAUUUCGCAUCUCAAUAGCGUGUUUCUGGACUCUCUCUUCUUCCUUGUGUGUUUUCUUGUUAGUUCCUCUCUGGUGGUUUUAUUAUUAGUCCACCAUGCCAUGUCGUCGUGAAUGCUCUGUCUCUGUGCGAGCCAAUUGUCGCGGUCAACUCUAUGUGCAUGAUUUCAGACUGAUUUGGAAGAUGCCAACCUGCUGCAGUUUGCUUCGGACUCGGCAGCUUCUCUGAA